GGAAAUAUCUCUUCGUGGUGCACCAAAGCAGGACUGAACAGUACAGGCUUCGGGUUUUUAUUUUCUUUUUAGGUCAACUCCACUCACAAAUGCGCAACAACGUCACGUGUUCAGCGUGUCAUCACUACGCAAUGGAUGGCGACGUGUAAAACAUGAUGGAGGAAAGGAGUAUGUAGAGUAAACUUAGCUGGCUGAAUUGAACCCGUUUCAUUUAUUUGCAUCUUUUUGGGGGUUAAAAUCGACAAAAACCUAAAUAAACGCUACAUUUGUGGGGAAAUAGUCGCCUGUUGACGGUGCUGUGAACCAACGGAAACUACGAGAAGCUUAAAUGACAGAUUUGGUAUAGGUCCAGUAAAUCAGGAAUGAGAAGUGGCAGUUCUGGCUGAAACGAGCCAGGAAAUAUGGGAGCCAACACCAGCCACGCCAGUGAUCUGUCUGAGAACACCAGCCUGAAGGCCCUGGUGGGAACAGAGUCUAUAACUGAAAACGACCCCUUCUGGAAUCAGCUUAUUUCCUUCACUUUCAUCAGUCCUACUAACAGUGCUGACUCCAAGUUACUAGAAGAGGCUGUCAUUCCCCUGGCCAAGGCUUUCAUUGAAAACAAUCCUAGAACGGGGAACUUUGGUGCUCUUGUGAGGAUUUUUCUGGGAAGAACCAAAGAACUGAAAAUUUCUACAGAAUGUAAAGAUCAGUUAUUCAUCUGGCAGGCCCACAACGCUCUGUUCAUGAUUCGCUGUUUGCUCAAGGUGUUCAUCAGAGAGCUGAGUGAGGAGGAGCUGCACCAACAGUUCUGCUACCAGGAGAGGGCGCCAGGCUGCUGUGAAGAAACUGGGAGCGAGGACCUCCUAGAAGAGCUGUUGUUGAACCUUGUUCACCUGAUUGUUGAAGUGCCCCUGCUAGAUAUCACCUACAGCAUCCUGUUCGAAGCAGUGACCACGUUGCUGGUCUUCUUCUCCAAUCAGCUCCUCCACAAAGACAUCCUCAGGGAUGGAUUAAUCUGCCAGCACAUCAUGAAGGGACGAUGUUUAUGCUUGACAAGUCGACUGGUGAAGACCCUGCUCUACAAUUUCAUCAGACAGGAGAAGUGUCCUCCAGCAACCCACAUUUUUGAGCCCAAAGCUGAGGGGGGUCUGCUUUACGGCCUUGCAUCUGGGGUGGCAAGUGGGCUGUGGAGUGUUUUUACUUUGGGUGGAGCGGGCAGCAGAGCUGGAAUAGACCAAGAAGACAACCCUUUACCUUUGUCCAAUCAGAGUCUUCUGUUACUGCUGGUAUUAGCCAAUCUGACAGAUGGGCCGGACUGGCCGAACCCUUACCGCCAGGCUAUUACUUGUUUCAGAAACACUCAAGACACGUCGUCCCUGACUGUGGAGCCUCCUCACACCUUCCAGAUCAACUUCAACAGUCUGUACACGGCCCUGUGCGAGCAGCAGCGCUCGGACCAAGCCACGUUACUGCUUUACACCCUGCUGCACCAGAACGCCAACAUGAGGACGUACAUUCUAUCAAGAACUGACAUGGACAACCUGGUGUUGCCUAUACUCGAGAUUCUUUACCAUGUAGAGGAAAGAAAUUCUCAUCAUGUCUACAUGGCUCUCAUUAUCCUUCUCAUCCUCACGGAGGACGACGCCUUCAAUCGCUCUAUCCAUGAGGUGCUGUUGAAGAACAUUUCAUGGUACACAGAGAGGUCAUUGACAGAGAUCUCACUUGGCAGUUUGCUCAUCCUGGUCGUCAUCCGUACCAUCCAGUUCAACAUGACACGAACAAGGGAUAAAUACCUCCACACCAACUGUCUGGCUGCGCUUGCCAACAUGUCGGCUCAGUUUCGAUACCUCCACCAGUAUGCUGCCCAGCGCAUCAUCAGUUUAUUUGCUUUGCUUUCUAAAAAGCAUAACAAGGUUUUGGAGCAAGCAACACAGUCUCUAAGAGGCAGACAGGCAGACAACACAGCCUUGCCUGACUAUGCCCAGGACCUGAAUGUGAUUGAGGAGGUCAUUCGCAUGAUGCUGGAGAUCAUCAACUCUUGUCUGUGCAACUCUCUGCACCACAAUCCCAACCUGGUCUACGCGCUGCUUUACAAGCGGGAGCUGUUUGAGCAGUUCAGGACGCACCCAUCCUUCCAGGACAUCAUGCAGAACGUCGACACGGUGAUUGGAUUCUUCAGUCAGCGUCUGGAGCAAGCUGGAAGUGACCUGUCAGUUGAGAGGGUUCAAGAGGUCAUCAUGAAAGGAGCUCAGGCCCUGCCAAAGGACAGGCUGAAGAAGUUCCCAGAGCUUAAAUUUAAGUACGUGGAGGAAGAUCAGCCGGAGGACUUCUUCAUCCCCUAUGUGUGGUCGCUGGUCUAUAACGCCGCUGUUGGCCUCUACUGGAGCCCUCACGGGAUCGAGCUCUUCAGCAUGGACUCUGGCUGAAAACCCUGAGAAUGAAAAGACUGAUGACGUGUGUGAAUGUGUUUUAGAGAGUGUGUGUGUGUGUGUUUGCAUGUUAUCCUUUGUAGAAUGUGUGCGCUGCUUUGAAAGUGCCUCGACCCUGUUGUUCAUGAUGGUGUUCCUCUACGCAGAACAACCUCACCUUGUAAUAGUAACAUUAGUAAUAAUAAUUCCUCUGCUUCUUCAUUGUGAAGCUCCAUCUGUGCUGCUUAACAGCACCCCGUAGCUUCCACUUCCUCCUUUACCGGAUGCCCGUUUAACAUAAUAUAUUGACUCUAUUUUUUUUAAGUGAUCAGUUAUGAUGAGAAACUCAGGUCAGUUGCAGCGGAUGAUCUAAUGUUUGUUUUCCCAAAAGGUUACUCAACAAAAACCAAGCAAAAUGUUACACUUGUUGUAAAAUAUCACAUUAACGUCAUACAUUUAGGUUUUAUUUUGACCCUAGAUGAUUCUUUGAGCACAGCAGCUUUGUAUAAAGUUAUUUUUCUCGCUAUGUCAGAGUUUGGUUUUUAGUAGAAACGCAGUGUUUCUGGUUGUUUAACGUCCCACAAUGAAGGUGCCGCAGUUUAAUUAAAGCCUAAUUUCAGUCCCUGGGUGAUACUAGCCUCCCCCAUCACUCUGAUUGAUAUGAUUUCAUUGUUGCUUACGGCUCAUACAGUUCGACUCUCCUCAGUCUCUGGUAUUAGCAUCUUUCUCGAUGGAAACCCAAGGCAAAAUACAUAAAGUGGGACAGACUAUAAAGUCUUCUGUCUUUUUGUUCAAAUUUUCAAUUGUCACCAUUUGUUACUUCAUUUGCAUGUUAAACUAGAGAUUUAAUUUAUUUAUUUUCAUGUAUGUUUUUAUAUAUCUAUAUAUAAAAAUUCAACAACCGCAAAUGAAGUGGCAAAAUGACUGCUGCUGGGAAAAAGAAGUCUGAUUAUUUCCAGAUGGGGAAAUUUGCUUUUUAUUAUUAGAACUUGACAACAACUGUCAUUUUGUGGAACAAUUUACUUUGAGAACAAGAUUCUAAAUAAAUAUAUGAAAACAUC